CAUAGAAACGAAAUCAGAGGGCCCUCUCUCUUCCUCCUUCGUCUUCCAUUCAAUUACACAACACUUGUGCAAACCCUCGCUGCAAAUAAGCAAAAAAAGCAAAAAACGAAAAAAAUAAAUAAAUAAACAGGAAAAAGAAGGCCAAAAAUCCAAAAGGAAAUCGCCAUGGAUUCGUACCAAGCGCAGCAGCGGUACCUGAGACCGCCCCCGCCGCCGCAACCACGGGUCACGUCGGAUCCCUAUCACUACCACCACCACCAGCAGCAACCAAGGCCAGACUGGUACCCCAACCAGUACCAGUACCCACCAGCUCCACCACCACCGCCGUACACUGAACAUCUCCCUCCCCCGGGUUCUUAUCCUCCGCCCCCUCACCCUUAUCCUGCGCAACCCCCAAAUCACGCCCUCUUCCCUCCUCCCCCUCCCCCUCCUCAUCAAUCUCGCCCUCACCUGCCUCCCCCUCCGCCUCGCCCUCCUCCACCUCAUUCUUAUCAGCACGCCCAGGAGUGGGGAGCUGCUCCUCCGAGUUGGUCGAAUUACGCAGCCCCAAAUAAUCAAGAUUGGGAAGCGAAGGCUAAGGCUUGGGCAGAUGCUAGAAUGGCAGUGGAGACUCAACAUCAACAGUUGCAGUUUCCACUGGCGGGGGGAUUAGAAGAACAGAGUCAUUAUCAGGAACAGUAUCCCCACAACGGUGACCCGCACUAUUCUGGUAGUCACCAUCAGUCAUUUUCUGCAUCUAGCUAUCAACAGGUUCCAGUUUCAGGUGCUCUAACACACUACCCACCGGGAAUUCAUUCCCAGGAGACUUCAUCAAUCGGCUCUGAACUAUCUCCUUAUCUUCAUCACGCUGUUAGAGAUGGAACGCCAGCUGGGGACUCAAAUGCUCUGUUUCACCGUCAAGGAAUCUUAUCUACAAGUCCAUCUGUCCAUCAGCAGGAGGUACCUUAUAGUUAUUCUUCUGUGACAGGCAAUGAAGGGACUGCAGCUCAAGAAGGACAACAUCACAUGCAGCCAUCACAGCCCUUUCCUUUUGCCUAUGGCAGUCAGUCUGCUGAUCCAACAACCAAUCUUGCUGACCAGCCUUUAGAAUUUGCACCUGGGUUUACCUCUGAUCAUGGUCCGCACGUGCAGUCCAGCUAUACUUAUCAUGAUUCACAUGGAACUAUAAGAGGUGUCGACCCAGCGACCACAGCACCCUCCGUGAAUACCUGGCCUAGUUCUGUUGCACCUGGUGUAGGUUAUCCUCAUAAUGUUCCAGUUCCAUCAGGACUACAGCAUGAUCCCUCCAAUGCAAUACCAUCUCCUGUUCCUGGCCAUUCUCCACGUUCGUUUGGAAGUUUCCCAUCUGCUGCAUUGCCCUUUGCUCUCACUGCAGGAACCACAGUUCACCCUACUGCAGCCUUCCCUGGUGAUGCGUAUGGAGUUUCUACAGUUACUGAGCGCCCCAAAAAGGCUCCAGUGCCUAGUUGGCUUAGAGACGAAAUUAAGAAAGCAGUCAUCACAAGUUCUUCUAUGGACCAUCCUAAGGAGGAAACUCAAUCUUUUGAGGAUGAAGGUUUUGAUAGAUCUUUUGGGAAAGGUGAUCAAGCAGACAGCAAGAGCAUCGAUUCUUCUAGACCAACAGAAGAAGAGGAUGAUGAGGAUCAAGUGGAAGCUGCUAGGACUGCAGCAAUUAACCAAGAAAUAAAGCGUAUCCUAACUGAAGUUUUCUUGAAGGUUACUGAUGAGCUGUUUGAUGAAAUUGCUACAAAAGUUCUUGCUGAAGAUGAUCUGACAGUUGAAGUGGAACAGAGGACACUCAUUUCAAACCAUAAGGUAUUGCCAUCUCCGCCAGCAGUUACAACUCCCAAGGCUUCUGCAAAAGUUCUAAUUGCGGCCAAGUCUAAGGAAUAUGAGACUGGAGAUGUAAAAUCUAGUUCUACUUUACCUGGUGAUGUAUUGGGUCUUGCAAAUUAUGCUACAGAUGAUGAAGAUGGAGAUAGUGAUAUUCAGAGUUCUGGUGUGCCAAAUUCUGGGAAAGAUGCUAAGCUUCAGCAGUCAACUGUCAGAAGGCCUUCAAAUGAUAGGCAUGAUGCCACUGUAAAUGACCGUUCUUCUGUAGAGCUUCAAGAGCAUAGUAAAAAUCAGACAAUUUUGGAGAGUGGACGGGGCAAAACCAGUUCACCUGAGUCUAAUAAUAGAAACAAGAAUGAUGAUAGUAAUGGUGAUAGAAUUUUGCCAGAUGGAACUACUGCCUCUAGGUUGAAGGAUACUGUAGGGAUAUUCAAACCUGAACUACCUAAAGAAACUGUCAAGGUGAAAAACACAUCAAAAGAUGACCCACAAGUUAUGGAGUCCACGAUGAAACCUGAUAAGCAUGAUCAAGAUGAGAAUGAAAAGAGUUCUGUAAAAGAUAUCAAUAAGGAGAUAGAAAGUGGUAAGAUUAGGACAGAUGAGAAGGGUGAUGAGAAUCGUAAGGGACAUUAUCCGAGAAAGGAAAGGACAGAUGAUCGGAAUGGCUCAAAAGAAAAGGUGAAAGAGCAAAGUUUUAAGGAAUCUGAGUCAAGAAAAAGGUCUUCCCUUGCUGAUGCCAAGCAGGACAGAAGAGAAACAGAGCGACUCCAUAGGGCUAGUGCUAAAGAAGAUAAGGACCGGAAAAGAGGACGGACAAAGGAAAAGGAGGGUGAUAAAUCAAGACAUAAAUAUUCUACUGACUCAAGCAGGCACAAGGGAAGGCGCUCCUCUUCUGUUGGCAGUAGAGGAAGAAACAGCAAGGAUGAUUCAAGCGAUGAAGCUUCUGAUGAUUCUAAAAGGAAGCGCCAUUCAAGGAGACGUAAUUUAUCACCAUCACCUGUCAAGUCUAGGAGAAGACAAGUUUCGCAGUCUCCACAUAGCAAGCAUUCUCAACACAGGCAUUCUCCUUAUUCUUCUCUUGAGACGAGCAGGUAUGUUGCCAUGAAAUCGUUGUUGUGUAUUGUUUUUCAGACAUAUACAGCUAUCAAUAAGCAACUACUCAGGUGAUAUUGCCAGGCAUCUGCUUCUACAACUCUAAUCGAUCUCUGGUCUGUUUUAACUAUACUAAUUAAUAUACAGGGGAAGAAGGUCAAGAUCCAGAUCACCUGUGCGGCGGCAGAGAUGAUUGGAGGAAGGAUCCUAUAGCAAUAGAGAGCCAGAGUAAUGUUCAUUACUAGUCUGAAUGUCAGAUAAGAGCUGGAACUGAGUUUCACAGCAAAGCCAGUGCACUGUAUGCAGAUACUGCAGUUGAGUGUUGCUCCAAAUAUGAAAUCGGUGUACAUUGUCGGAUGGUUCAAUUAAGUCCCGAGGAUAAUGGCAGUAUGGCACUGCAUGCUCGACGGUUUGAAGCUGGCUGGUGGAGUAUGAGCUGAUGGUGGUUUUGUAGGAAUUAUAAUAAUCCAGUUUUGUGGCAUCACGAUUUAUAGUUGCAGAGUCUUGUGACCCAACAUAAUUUCUCUUUGUUGCUCCAAUGUUCCCACAGUGUUUGUUCAUAUCAACAUCGCUGAUUUCACCCCCUUGGUUUGUGUCUAAAGGAUCAGAAAUAUGAUGUCUUUUUAUUGUUCUACCCAGAUGAUGUGUAAUCCAUUUUUUUCCAGAAGAAAAUUAGGUCGUCGUUCAAAGACUA